CAGUUUCUUAGUUCACACCUUGACAUAGAAACUCGAACACCAAAAAAAUGUCAUAAUAAUAAAAUCAACUGUUAUAUUAUAUUUAUAUGUAAAUUAAAAAUUAAUAAAAACCCAAAUCUUAAAACCCAAAAAAAAAAAAAAAAAUAUCUUUCGUUCUCUCUCGCUGACUGCCCAGCAUCGUUCAAAUAAGGAAGCUGACUCUUCUUCUCUUACUCAAAAUAUAAGUCUUCCUUGUGUUUGAAUCCAUAGAUCAAUUAAUCUUUGAUUUGCUUUCUCAUGGCUGAUCGUGGAUCGUACGGACUGGGUCCUCGAUUAGAUAUCCAGCAAUUGUUUUUAGAGGCACAACAUCGAUGGUUGCGGCCUGCUGAGAUUUGUGAAAUUCUUCGUAAUUAUCAAAAGUUCCAUAUUUCUUCGGAACCUCCAAGCAGACCACCAAGUGGUUCUCUUUUUCUUUUUGAUCGGAAGGUUUUGAGGUACUUUAGAAAAGAUGGACAUAAUUGGAGGAAAAAAAAGGAUGGAAAGACAGUAAGGGAAGCUCAUGAGAAGCUGAAGGUUGGAAGUGUUGAUGUAUUACACUGUUAUUAUGCCCAUGGUGAAGAGAAUGAGAGCUUUCAAAGGCGCAGUUAUUGGAUGCUUGAACAGGACCUGAUGCAUAUAGUUUUUGUCCACUACUUAGAAGUCAAGGGUAACAGGACAAAUAACAGUCCUUCAAACAGCCUAAUUGCAAGUAGUAACAAAGAGCCUUCAGGAAAUACAGAUUCUACAAGCCCAACUAGCACCCUUACAUCAUUUUGUGAAGACGCUGAUUCAGCUGAUAGUCAGCAAGUCAAUUCUGGACACCAUUCAUAUCUUGAGUCACCACUAAUGCAGAGUAGUCCUGUGAUCGGCAAAAUGAAUGCCGGUGCAUUGAGUUCUCAUUUUCUGCAUCCUGGUUCAGGUCCAAUUUCAUAUGUCCAUGGAGAUAGACCUGGAAAUAAUGGCUCCAGCAUUACCGAGGCUCAAAGCUUGAAAUCCUGGGAGGAGGUCUUGGAACAAUGUACAAGAGGAGACAAGAAUGCACCUUCUCAUUUAUCAACAACUUCUACUCAAUCUGAUGCUACUGGUAUUGGAAGGAGCAUGACUCUCAGUGAGUUUUUUGCUGGUGGCAAUGCUCCCAAAGAUGAUUUUGGAUCUCUGCAAAUGGAGUCACAUUGGCAGAUCCCUUUUGAAAGCAGUUUAAUAGAUCCAGAGUUGGCAUAUGAUUUAGAUACCAGGUUACUUGAUCAAAGAACUCAUAAUGUGGAUUUUCCAACUACAUUAGAGGAAUUUUUCUCUGGUCCCAUUCAUCAGAAUGAGGAGCUUGUCCAUAACAACCAUCACAUGCUGCUUACACAUGCAGACCAACAACUUCUGAUGCACACAAAAUCUGAGAAUGACAUGUCUGUCGAAGAAAAUGGCAAAUAUGCUUUUAUUUUGAAACAACCAUUAUUAGAUGGAGAGGAAGGGUUGAAAAAGGUUGACAGCUUUUCUCGUUGGGUUACUAGAGAACUUGGAGAAGUGGACGAUUUGCAUAUGAAGUCUUCAUCUGGUAUUCCAUGGAGUACCGUGGAAUGUGGAACUGUGGUAGAUGAAUCUUCAUUAAGCCCCUCGCUUUCACAAGAUCAGCUUUUCAGCAUAAUUGAUUUUUCACCUAAGUGGGGUUAUGCAGACUCAAAGACAGAGGUUCAUAUCAGCGGAACAUUUUUGAAGAGUCAGCAUGAGGUGACGAAAUAUAACUGGUCUUGCAUGUUUGGGGAACUGGAGGUACCUGCUGAGGUUUUGGCAGAUGGGAUUCUUUGUUGCUAUGCUCCUCCCCACAGUGUUGCAAGUGUUCCUUUUUAUGUUACAUGUUCCAACAGGUUGGCUUGUAGUGAAGUGCGGGAAUUUGAUUAUCAGUCAGGUUCUGCUGAAGAUGUAGAUGUCUUGGAUGUUUAUGGCGGUGAUGCUCAUGACAUGUAUCUUCAUUUGCGACUUGAGAGGUUACUGUCUCUCAGGUCUUCCAGUCCUAGUUGUCUCUUUGAUGGUGCUAGAGAGAAACAUAACUUGGUCGAGAAACUCAUUUUAUUGAAGGAGGAAGAUGAAGGUUGCCAAGUGGCAGAAACAACCUCAGAGAGACAAUUGUCCCAAGAUGAAAUUAGAAAUAAGUUUCUUCAGAAGGGAAUGCAAGAGAAGUUGUAUUCAUGGCUUCUUCAUACGGUAGCCGAGUGUGGUAAAGGGCCAAGCAUGUUGGAUGAUGAUGGACAAGGUAUGCUACAUUUAGCAGCUGCACUUGGUUAUGACUGGGCCAUAAAACCAACCAUGACGGCUGGAGUCAGUAUCAAUUUCCGUGAUGUGAAUGGAUGGACUGCUCUUCAUUGGGCUGCAUUCUACGGCAGAGAGCAGACAGUUGCUGCCCUUGUCUCAUUGGGUGCAGAUACUCGGGUAUUGACAGAUCCUUCUCCAGAAUUUCCUUUGGGUAGCACUCCUGCAGAUCUUGCAUCAGGCAAUGGACACAAAGGAAUUUCUGGUUUCCUUGCAGAGUCAUCUUUGACUAGCUACCUACAUUUGCUUACACUGAAUGAUUCAGUGGAAGGUGGUGCACCAGAAGGUUCAGGAAUGACAGCUGUGCAAACAAUUUCGGAACGGAUGGCUACUCCUGUGAAGGAUGGUGAUGUGCCAAAUGUCUUAUCACUGAAAGAUUCACUUACUGCUAUCCGAAAUGCUACGCAAGCUGCUAAUCGUAUAUAUCAAGUAUUCAGAAUGCAGUCAUUCCAAAGGAAACAAUUAACUGAGUACAGUGAUGAUGAAAUUGGCAUGUUGGAUGAGCGAGCUCUUGCACUUAUAGCUGCCAAGACACCUAAGCCUUUACAUUCUGAUGGAGUAGUCAAUGCUGCAGCAAUACAAAUUCAAAAGAAGUACCGUGGUUGGAAGAAGAGAAAAGAAUUCUUGAUAAUCCGGCAAAGAAUUGUUAAGAUACAGGCUCACAUACGGGGGCACCAGGUAAGAAAACAAUAUAGGACAAUCAUCUGGUCAGUUGGGAUUCUGGAGAAGGUUAUUUUGCGUUGGAGACGCAAAGGAAGUGGUCUGCGAGGAUUCCGCCGGGAGGCACUACCAAUUCCAAAAGAAUCCAAUGUGCAAUGUGAGAAUCCGAAAGAGGAUGACUAUGACUUUCUAAAGGAAGGAAGGAAACAAAAUGAGGUGAGACAGCAAAAGGCACUUACAAGGGUGAAGUCCAUGUAUCAUUGUUCAGAAGGACAAGCUCAAUACAGGAGGCUGCUCAAUUAUUUUGAAAAGUUUCGGGAAACUAAGGAAAAUGAGAUGAUACUGAGCAGUCCGAAUGAAAUGGCUUAUGGUGAAAACCUGAUUGAUAUUGAUUCACUUUUGGAUGAUGACACAUUCAUGUCGAUAGCAUUCGAGUGACUUUCAGCUUUACUGAUUUCCCUCACCUGUAAGAUAGAUGAAUGCCCUAAUUCUGUGCCUGUUGUACAUGUAAAUAUCUAACCCAAGUAGCUACUACUAGCUCUUGAUAAUAUUUUAAAGAGGACUUUGCAUACAUUUAGUGUAGAUAAGCAGCUUCACUUCUCAGGCUUUACAAAUGCUGCUUUUAGUUUCAAUGAUAUCUGUUUGUUGUAUCAAAAGGGCAUUACUCUUUUUUAUUUGAUUAGAGGAUACCAAUCUUGUAUAAGUUCCCGUUUGGAAUAGAAUUCUUUAAGUGUGAUCUGUAGCUUUUGUUUA